CGUGUGACGAGUGCCGAGUGCGGGAUCGAAAAGGGCCUGGUGUAAAAAACCGGAGAAAAAACGGUCUGGCUGGUCUGACGGGCGAGGGAUUGAUUCUGCUACCCACCAAGGCUCUGCGUCUAGCUCGUGGGCCGUGAUUGUCCUCCGUCUGAUCCUCGUCCUCCCUCGGGACUGAAUCUGGGUUGGUGGCCCGCCCACCUGGCUCGUGCCCCACUCCCGAACCCGAUCAUUGGCCGGGUGAGACCGAGACCCACCCGGUGGCCUGCUUCGAUCCCGUGGCUGGGUAAGUGUGGAUAGGUGCUGGGGAGGGGGAAGGGUAUGCGAGCUCCAUCGACCCGGGGGGCGGUGCCGCACGUGACGGAUGAACAAAUUCUAGUCAGCUUGAGUCCGGCCGAGCGGGCCAGUCUGGCUGAGCGCGUGCUGGCCCGCAUUCAAGGCCGAGUGGUGGCCGCCCGCCCGUGCCCCCAGUGCCGACAACCGCUGCUGCUACCCGCACGCCGCCCGGACCCGGACCAUGACCGUGAAGACCCGCCUGACGACGCUAAUCUAGGGGUUACCAACGCCAUUGGUGAGCUCUCAGAAAACGAAAACUCUCCAACCAACAAUUCCCCCGAGUGUCCCAGCCCUCUUGUGCAGUACAAUAGGUCUUCUCGGGCGCCGAAUUCCAGCCCAACCUCCAACGAAAGAUCCGUGGACGAUUCGCUUCCACCAGCCACCGAUUCUGAAUCGCGUGUGCCCGUCAAAUCUGCGGGUUUGGUAGAGCACACCCCACCCACUCGACGCUGUACCCGUCCUCCUCGUCAGGAUGGGGACUCAUCGCUAGUCGCGAAAUCGAACCGUCACUCCGCGGAAGUGGGCGUGGUGAUCCCAAGCCCCGCCCGGGCCGACGCUUCAUCAACGUGCUCAGAGCCGGAACAAGCCGCCGGGCUUCUGAGUCAGGAUUCCGAGCCAAAGAAACCAGCAUCGACUUCCACACCAUUGAAAACAGUUGUCAGAGAGGACCCGAGUUGUGACUCGAACGGCAGUCAGAGUGCAUUUUCCGAUUCACAAGACGCGCCCAUCAGGAGGUCCGGAAACGAAUUCAGGCCUGAGAAGACUCAAAUUGAUGUUUCCGACUUGGAGGAUCAAUCCACGUUUCAAGCCAGCCCUGCUGAGGAUCUCAAUCCCUCGAUCAAUGGUCAGAGUGCUCCGUCCUUGAGGACCAGCCAGAAGCCCCUUGAGGAUUCCGAUGAAGAUGAAACUGAAGCAGCUACAUUGACAAGGAAGCAAAUCAAGAGAAAGGCCAAAAAAUCGCCACAGCUAUCCAGUUCCGAAGGUGAACAUUCUCCACUCAAGACCCGUCAAGCCAAGAAAAAGGCCAAGACAUUGCUUCAAGCAUCCAGUUCUGAAGACGAAGAAUCUCCUUUGGAGGCCAAUCCAGUCAAAAAGAGAGUUAAAAAGUUGCUGCAGGCUUCCAAUGGUGAUGAUGAUGAUGAAUCUCCGGUAAAAGUGAAAAAACUAAAGGCUAAGAAACCGCCUCAUGAAUCCACUGCAGAAGAUGAGGAUUCGCCUCUGAAGACAGAUCAAGUAAAGAGGAAGGCCAAGAGAGCGCUUCUUCAGGAAUCGAGUUCAGAAGAGGAAGCUUCCACCCUAAAAGUGAAUCAAGACCGAGGGAAAAAUUCCAAGAAAUCACCUGAGGACUCCGAUGCCAAUCAAGAAGAUUCAGCCUUGAAAGGCAAUCAAUUGAAAGAUAAAGCCAACACGUCUGUACCUGAUUCCAGCCCGGAUAAGGAUUCUCCAUUGAAGAUCAAUCGAACCAGAGCACAGUCCACCAAAUUAUUUCAAACCUCAAGCUCUGACAAUGAAACUCCUGCUGGGGAAUUGAAGCCCGCCCGGACCAAGAAAAAGGUAACUAAAAAGACCAACGACGAUUCUAGUGCGGCUGAAGAUGGACAUGAAGGUCCUCAACUGAAUGCUAAUCAGACUCAAGAAAAGGACAAGGAACCCCUUGAUGACCCCGAGGCUGAAAACGUUGAGGAUUCUCUCUCGAACUCAAGUCCAAAACGAAAGGACAAUAAUAAAGCCAAGAAAUCGUCAGAAGAGUCCAGUGUGGAAAGCAAUGAAGACUCACCGUUGAAGGUCACCCCAACCAAGAAAAAGGCCAAGAAAUCCGCACGAGAGUUGUGUUCAGAUGAUGAAAAUGGUGUAGCUGAGACAAGCCUCAAAAAGGAAAAAGCCACGAAAGACAUCACUGAAGACUCAAACAGUUCCAAAGUUAAGGCCACUAAGGCUAAGAAAAGGGCCAACAAGAUACUGCUUCAUGACUCAAGUGACUCUGAGGAAGAUUCUCCAUUGAAAGCCAAGCAAGACCAGGACGAGCAAAAAAGAUCUCUGAAAAAUUUAAGCCCAGAACGAGUUGAAAACUCACCCACGAAGGCCAAUAAAGUCAGUGCUUGUGAUCAAGACAAUCUGUCUAUUCAAGCCAAAAAAGGUGUUCUUGAAUCAAGCUCCUCGGACGAGACUAACGAUUCACCUGUAAAACAAACCGAGGAAUCCUCUCCUUCAAGUCCAUCCAAGCUAAGCUCAGACUCGAGCCCUAAAGAACUCGAUGAACGCUCCUCUUCUUUGGUCGACAAUGGUCCAAGUAUUGUCCCUUCAGACCUUUCGUCUUCUGAAGGAUCUCCGCUAAAAAACACAACCAACCAGUCCUCACCCUCCGUUGACCAGGUUAAAAAGGCCGUGCUUGAUUCCAGUAGUUCUGACAAAGAGUCAAAUAUCGCCGCUCAAUCCGCCAAAAAGGUCGUUCUUCAAGAUUCAAGUUCUUCUGAUGGUGAAGGCUCCCGCGCCAAAGGUUCCCUCUCCACCCCUGAAGAACGCCAGACAUCCGGAGAGAGCAGUAUACCAAAAGCCGAAGAAGAUCUCGAGACCAAAGCCAAGGAAGGUGCUCUUCAGGAUUCGAGUGACGCUGACAACGACAGUCCAGCUCGAAUCAAGGCCCAAAAAGCCGUCCUUGACUCGAGUGACUCCGAUCCUGAGAAAUCUCUCUCUGUUCAGGCCUCAGAAGACAGUGAUUCACGCUUGGUCAGACGGAAAGCAGGGAAUCUGGAAAGGGCCAAGCUCUCAAAAGAAGAGCGUCUGAAACGCCGAACUCGGUUUUUGAUUCGGAAAAUCACCGUGGACACCGACUCGAAGCUCAACGGAAAGGCCUCCGUGAAGCUUGAUACGCUCUCAAUUGCCGUUCUCCAGGAUUUGGAGGAAGUGCGACGAGUCCACGUCAAAGAUUACCCGCAGCUUCGGAAGCUCUGUCGUACCCGCAAGCCCAAAGCGGAUCCAAAUAUCGACAGGCUUUGCGAUCUUUCCAAUUUAGAGGCUACAUCCGGUCUGAAAUCCAAGAAAAGCGCGUCAAAGCUGCCUAAAGGAGACAACAUCGACGAGGACGACCAAUCUUCAUGCCAAAUAUCUCCUUCCAAACGGAAACGGGAUCGACGUCGUGAGAAGGAGAAGAAACUCCAUUUGUUGGACGUGAGCUCAGCGGAAGAGGCUCACAAUUCUGACUCUGACUUGGACAAGGCUGUCGAGCCUAAAAAAAGUACAGAUCCGUUGAAGUCGAAAUCCACCCGUUUUGACGGACUGAAAAGCCGGAACGAUCUGGCCAAAGCAGCCAUCCUGGAUUCAACCAGUGGCUCCGAUAACAACGGCAAGGCCAAGAUGAACGGCCAAGGAGAUUCUCACGAAUCGUCGUCGGACGACCUGAAGGUGAAAAACGGUCAGAACGGAGACAAGAAAUCCGUGCAGAAAAAGGGUUCCAGUAGCAUAAGUAGUAAUAGUGUAAGUGGUGAUGGAAAGCGCAAGAGAACCGAACGGAAGGAUCCGAAUUACAUGCGCAUGAAAUUGAGUGAAACUGAUUCCAGUGAGGCGGAAGAAAAAGCCAAGACCCGACGGUUGAAGAAGGAACAGAAGGCCAAGGACGAGGGUGACAUUGACAGUGGCAGUGGCAGUGGCAGUGACAUCAAAGGCUCCGAUCAUGAUGAGGAAGCUAACAACUCAUCAGAUGAAUCGGCGGAAUUUGGCAAUUGGAAGAAGAACAACAAGAAGAAGAGAAACAAGAAUCGCAUCCAAGAUUCGGAUCAUGACGUGAAUGCGUCCGAUUUUGAGGCGGAUGACUUGGACGCCGAUUCGGCUGAUUCAGACUCGGAAAUUGAGGUGCACAAGAAGAAAGGCCCAGGGAAGAAGCGGAAAAAGCGCAAUGGUAACGAUUCUUCGGAUGUUUUGUCCAAUGAUGGCGAUGACGACGAUGAGGAUGAGGCUCGACCGAAGAAGAAACGAAAACGUAUCAAGAAGAACUCUUCGUCGGACGAGGAGGGAGACUCAGACGCGGAUUCUCCAAACAAAGGCGGACGUAAGGACAUCCGGAAAAUCAUUAGCGAAAAGAAAUUGUCACAAUCUACAAAAACCGCCGCGGCCGACGAGAAAGAUCGCCGAAAGCGAAUGGAAGAAAGACAACAGCUCUACAAUAAGACUUUCGAGAUCAAAGAAGGUGAAACCCAAGAGGAGCUACCCCUCGAUUUCAACGAAGAAACCAAAGAGGUCCUGGUGGAUGUGCCCACGACCUUAGUGAAGAAGCUCAAACCCCACCAGGUCAACGGCGUCAAGUUCAUGUGGGACGCAGUAUUCGAGUCCAAAAAGAUGGUCGAAGAAGGCAAAGUGCCCGGGGGUGCCAUCCUGGCCCACUGUAUGGGUUUGGGCAAGACCCUGCAGACCAUCACCCUCGUGAGCACGGUUCAUGAGAAGUUCCCGGGGCGCGUGAGCCGCACACUCGUGCUCUGUCCCGUGAAUACGGUCAAGAACUGGGAGGAUGAGUUCGCCAAGUGGCUCAAGGGUGACCUCGAGAUGGACGUGUACGAGAUGAGCAAAGAGAAGGACAACUGGGGACGCUCGGAUCGGCUCAAGGUGUGGCACCAAGAGGGCGGUGUGCUCAUCAUGGGCUACGACAUGUUCCGCAACCUGACCAAUGAGGCCAAGAAGUACAAUCGCAAGCAGCGGGACAUCUUUCAGAAGUCGUUGUGUGAUCCUGGGCCGGACUUGGUUGUGUGUGAUGAGGGUCACGUGUUGAAGAAUCUCAAAUCCGCCCUGAACAAGGCCAUGAACAAGAUCAAGACCAAGCGGCGGAUCCUUCUCACGGGAACGCCUCUGCAAAAUAACUUGAGCGAGUAUUUCGCCAUGGUCAACUUUGUCAAACCCCAACUGUUGGGCACGUUCAACGAGUUCAAGAACCGCUUCGUGAAUCCCAUUCAGAACGGUCAGCACUCGGAUUCCACGGAUCGCGAUGUGCGCGUCAUGAAGAAGCGCUCGUUCAUCCUCAGUGAUCUUCUCAAAGGCUGCAUGCAGAGACUCGACUACAACGUACUCGUGCCCUAUCUCCAACCCAAGCACGAAUUCGUCCUCUGCAUCUGCCUCACGGACUUCCAAAAGAAGCUCUACUCCUAUUACCUCGAGAACUUUGCUCGCGCCGGACAAAUCGGGUCCGACGGAAAACUCGAGGGUGGGAAAAAGGGCGGUCUCUUUUACGACGUUCAAAAUCUCUCCCGCGUCUGGAAUCAUCCGCACAUUCUGGCCAUGGCCAAGAGCCGCGCCGAUCUGAAGGCCAUGGACGAGUCUGACGACAACAUGGACGACGCAGAUGAAACGGGCAAUCUCCAAGGGUUCAUUGACGACGACGAGGCGAGUGAGACCCCGAACACCAGUGAGGAUGACGCCCGCACCAGUAGUGAGGACGAGAUCCGCAUCGAGCGUGAGGUGGUCAAGAAAGUCACCCGCAGUCAGCAGGACUCCGAUAUCGUGAAAGGGCUGGAUGAGGCCAAGUCAGAGGCUCUGGCCAGUGAGAAAGGCUGGUGGGGUCAAUUCCUGAGCGAGGACAACGAACUAGACCGGCUCGAAAACGGCUCCAAGAUGUUGAUCCUCAUGGACAUCCUGAAGGAAUGCGAGAUGCUCGGCGACAAGGUCCUUGUGUUCAGUCAGUCCCUGCUCUCGCUCGAUCUGAUUGAGGACUUCUUGGCCAGAGCCGGUCAAAAUACCGCCACCGCCGAAGAUUCCACACUCAUGUCCUAUUUGGGCACUUGGGUCCACGGCAAGGACUACUUUCGUAUGGACGGUUCCACUCCGCCGGAUACCCGAAAGAGAUGGUGCAACUACUUCAACAAAACCACCAACCAUCGCAUGCGAUUAUUUUUGAUCUCGACCAAGGCCGGAGGACUGGGCAUCAAUCUGGUGGCGGCCAAUCGAGUCAUCAUCUUUGAUGCCUCGUGGAAUCCCGCUCACGACGUUCAAUCCAUCUUUCGAGUCUAUCGCUUUGGUCAAACCAAGCCCGUGUACAUCUACCGAUUCCUGGCCAAGGGCACCAUGGAGGAGAAGAUCUACGAUCGCCAAGUGACGAAGCAAUCCCUGUCCGCACGAGUGGUGGAUGAGCAUCAGAUUGAGCGGCAUUUUUCCGUGAAUGAGCUGGCCACUCUCUACGAAUUCCAAGACGAACCUAUUGAGAGCCGCCCGGUCCCCAAGGUUCCCAAAGACCGCCUUCUAGCCGAGUUACUCACGAAGCACGAUAAGCUCAUUUGGAAGUAUCACGACCACGAUUCAUUGUUGGAGAAUCAGGUGGACGAGAAUCUGACGGAAGAGGAGCGGAAGGCGGCUUGGGAGGAGUUCGAGAACGAGAAGAAGGGCCUGGUGACCGGCGUGGAUCCGGCCGUUCAGGCCCUUUUGGCCCAAAGCAUCAAUCCGCAAGCUAUUCAGCAACAAUAUCGCCUACAGUAUCCCCAUCUCUCCGAGGAACAGAUCAUUCAAGCCACUCGAGCUCUGAUCAUGCAAAUGCAGAGCGGAAUCCACCGGAGACCCGCCUACGACAAGAGCCAUUACCAACAGGAAAUGGCUCGGGCCCGACAGCAAGAGAAGGCGUUGUAUCCGGGAAUGUACCGUAAGACGGACAAGUUCACGGGCAACCUUCAAAACGCCCCCAACACGGAGGCGUGGCACGCCCAAGUCAUGCAGCAGCAGCGUCAGUACAGCCAGAUGCAGCAAAUGCAGCAACAAAUCCAACAGAGUCGUCUGCAGCAGAUGCAGAUGCUCCAAGCUCAACUUAGCCAGAUCAACGGCCCCCAAGGCCAACUCCAACCCCAGGCACUCACCCAAGAUCAGGAGCCCGAAGAGAUCGUCCUGGACGGAGCGCCCGUGAUGGGCGAGCCGGUUGUGGUAUCCCCGCCUCGCCCUUCCACGAGUAGGCGUGGCCGUCCCCGCCUAGACCCCGACUCGGAUCUCUAUUAACCUCCGUAGCUCCGUCUGUGUACGAAAAUUGAUCGUCUGUCUGUCUGUCUGUCUUAUCUCGUUUUGGAGUUGGGUUGGUGCACCCUUUUCCCCCGUUGCCCCC